AUGCCACCCAAUGACUUGAUUCCUAUUCUUGACACGACUCUUGCAAGCAUCAAGCCAGGCGAGCCUAUACAUGAUGAUACUUUCCACCAGCUCAGGGUCUUAUUCCCCGAAAGUCUUGUCCUGGCGGCCUUCGACAUCGUUGAUAGAAAGAACGUGAUGAAAUACACUACUUCCUGGGGGCGCGUUUUCUACCAGGUGAUCGGUUCCUCGGUCACUUAUUCGGUGCAGCCAGACUUGGGACAUUCGCCCAACGUCCGUUUCUAUUGCACAUGCCCCGCCUUCUCGUACACCGUCCUCCUCGCUGAAUCAUACUUCAUGUGCAAGCACAUUCUCGCUGUGGUCCUCGCCGAGCAGCUAAAUGAGUGUACCGACCGCCCUUCCAAUCCAAAUGACAUUGCGAACCUAGUCGCGCGGUAG